AUUUUGAAUAAAAAGACGAAUUCGAUUUUAUUUCCAUUCGCAGCUUUCAUCAUUCAAAAUGGCGCUGCCCUACAGUUGUUGUCGGCUGUUAACGUUUCAUCAAUCACUAAACAGUCUUAGAUUUGCUAAGAACAGUUUGUACCAUCCUCUUCAACAGAAUGUUAGACAUUCUGGAUUUUUAUCAGUCUCGUCAGUCUUUCGGUUACAGUUUGACUCACAGGGCCACAAAUUGUUUUACAGACUUUGUCGAAGAGGUUUCAAAACAAAGCAGAUGUCUCAAGAAGCAGAAAUUCAUGGAAAUGAACCAUCUCUUUUUAAACAUUUUUUGUUUACAAUUGGGGUUUGUGGUUGCAGUUUUUCUGGUGCCAUGAUUUGGAAUUAUGAAAAAAUGAGGAAAGUUUUUCAAGAUUUACAAAAUGGAACAAAAAAAGAUUCUAUCUUUGAGAAAAAACAGAAGAAAGCUUUUGGAUUCAGAGAUCAUGCUAACUCUUUUUGGGAAAAAUUGUCAGGAGGUCAGAAGAUGGUUGUUGGUAUUAUAGCAGCAAAUCUUGGUGUUUUUCUCAUGUGGCGAGUUGCUGCAUUGCAACCAAUGAUGCUUCGGUACUUUACAACUUCUAUAACCCAUCCACUGCCAUCAAUGUUGUUGAGCUCAUUCAGCCAUGUUAGUUUCUGGCACCUCUUUGUUAACAUGUAUGUGUUGUGGUCAUUUGCAUCAGUGACGGUCAAUAUGUUUGGUUUUGAACAGUUUGCAGCCUUUUACGUUAGUGCAGGAACAAUCUCGUCUUUCACUAGUAUGGCAUGCAGUAAAUUACUUCGACGCCCAUAUAUUGUAUCAGUGGGUGCGUCAGGAGCAAUAAUGGCUUUGCUGGGUGCAGUUUGUUCAUCAUUCCCUAACGCACAGCUGGGAAUCGCCUUUAUAUCUGAGAUUUUUCCACAUUCUUUCUCAGCUGAUUCAGGAAUGAAAGCCAUUAUAGCCUUUGACCUGCUGGGCUUAAUUCUAGGAUGGAGAUUUCUAGACCAUGCUGGACAUUUAGGGGGGAUUUUUUUUGGCAUCUUAUAUGCUAAAUAUGGCAAUCAGUAUGUGUGGGGCAAAAGGGAAACCAUAAUGAAAUGGUGGCAUAAUUUGAGAGGCAAGCCUUAGGAGCAGCUAGACUUCACAACACAAGACUUAUUUCAUUUGGACUAUUUAUUUGUAUAGCACAGACAACUUUUAUCAAAUUGUUUUAACUUGAUAUCCAAAGUUAUAUGCUUUAAAUUAUUGUUUGUAUUUAAAUAGAGCUAUAUAGUGUUGACUAAAUAGUCAGUCACCUCACUGAAACUCUUCAAUUUCUCCUAGUAGGCCUAUCCAUAUAUUUUCAUUGGCAACCUUUUCUUUUCUGCUGCUUUAGAUGACCAGACCUCUCUGUGGUAUUACAUUUAAAUAUAUGACUUUAGUAACAAUUUAUUACUAAAUGAAAAUAAAUCCUGUUGUAAAGAUUUUUUUAAGUUCUGCUACUUUCAAAAGUAUGUCUUGCUUAGUGUAACAGAACAGAGAUGCAAAUUUGUUAAGAAAAAAACUCUCUUUUUGAAAUAAGUAAACAAUAUAUACCAGUAUAAAAAGAAAAUUUGAUAAGAAUUAUUUUUAAUAUACAUUUCGUAAUUUUGAUUAAGAAGUAUUUUUGUAAAAUACAGGAACUUAAACUGUUUUAAAAUAUAAAUGCAAAAUGAGAGAGUUUCUGAGUUCAAAAAGUUUCAUUACCAUUCAUUUGUAUCAUAAGCUGUAUCAUUAAAAUAUGUUGUUUUAAUUCUGUCAUGUACUCCACAUUGCUACCAGCAUACUGGUGUUUGGUAGCGAGUAACAGCAUAUUUGUUGGCUAUAGUUUAAUGCUUAAAGACAAAUCAUAAACAGCUCAACAUAUAUGAGGUGGUUAAAAAAAAUUGCCCUCGAUUAAAUAUGGACUUUACAGUGUGAUUGUUUUUUUUAUUACGAAUGCCUAGACGCAUGACUAAUAAAAGAUAGCUAAUUAUGAGGUACUCUCUCAAAAAUACAAAAUCUGACUACAAA